GUACGAUGUUGUUCCACAGAGUGGAGUCAUGCCUGUUGACUGCUACGGCGGGCGUCGUUUGGGGUGCGUCCGUGUGGCAACUAACAAUUUCAUGGUCUGACACUGUCCAAGCUCUGGUCAGGCAUCGGGGUCCGGCGCUGGCUCGAAUUCGGUGCCUUCUGAAUAUGCUUCUGAGAGGCCAUUUGGGAAGCCCUCAUUUAGGCUUAAAGAGCACAAGCCUCUAAUAACU